GCAAUAGAAAUACAAGGCGAAUAUAGCAGAGCCCAUAGAAUGAAUGACAGAAAAGUCGUGCGGCCUCCUCUUUCUCCAUUUCCAAAACCCCCUUUCUUCCUUCGCCCACAAUUUAGGAGCCAGGCAGCCUAGUGAAAUGGUAAUCCGGAAAGAGAGAAAUUAGUCAACUCCCUUAAAUUCUCCUGUUUACAAACUGCUCAAUUACCAAUUUAUGGUUAAAAACAUCUUGCGGCUGCCUUUUUGGCAAAUCAAGUCGGGCUUCGUGAGUCCCUCUGCUGCCGAAAAUUCAGAGCCGAAACGCCAAAAGCUGUCAAAUGAAUCAACAACAGAGCCCGCAAUUGAUAUGAUCAGCGAUUUGCCAGAAUUGGUACUGUUUCACAUCCUAUCUUUCCUUCCCACAAAUGACGCUGUUGCAACCAGCAUUUUAUCAACAAAAUGGCGGUUUCUGUGGACUAAGAUGACUAUUUUCAAUUUUGAUGACGGGUUAUUUCCAGCGGGUGGUUCUGGCCCUUCUGGGCGUCGGAAUCGUCGACUUGAUGCUGGAAAAAGAGAAAUUUUUGUCAAUUUUGUUGACAGGGUUUUCCUAGUUACUGCGGCUACAUUCAUGAAGAAACUCAGUCUCAAGUGCGGUAAACGUUGUGGUCAAAAUCAUAUUAACAAUUGGAUCAGGACUGCAAUUGGCCGCGGCGUUGAAGAGCUUGAUUUGACCACUUAUGGCCAUGGUCUAGAUUAUCGGCUGCCUGGCAGUAGUCUUUUCAUUUGCAAGACUCUAGUGGCUCUCAACCUCUCUGGUGAUGUCAUGAUCAAUGAAACUAGCUCCGGUAGUUUUCCAAACCUCAAAAUUCUUUACCUCACUUCCGUUAAGUAUCAAAGUGAUGAUUCUGUCCGUAAGUUCAUAUCUAGCUGUUUGGUGCUUGAACAGUUGACUGUUGUAAGAGACAGAGAGGAUAAUGUGGUCACUUUUACUAUAUCUGCACCCACACUGAAGCAUCUUACCAUAGACUUUCGAUCCUGUUCUGAUGAUUCUGACCGCGCACUCAAGAUAAAUGCCCCUGCUCUUCAGUGUCUCAAUUUGUUUGAUGAUCUAUCUAUAAACUUCAUGGUAGAAGACUUAACCUCCUUAGUUGAAGCAAAGGUCGAUGUUUUCAAUAAGAAAAUGCUGAUGUACAAUGAGGGUUACAGGGAUUCUGUGGUUGGAUUUCUCAUGUCACUGCAUAAUGCAAAAAUUCUUUGCCUGCGGUAUCAUUCAGUUGAGGUUCUUAGUUAUUACUGGAUAUCUACAAGGUUUCAGAAUUUAAUACGAUUGGUUUUGCAAAGUCGUUACUGCGACUGGAUUGCACUAGAAGAUUUGCUUCAACAAGCGGAAAAUUUGGAGACUUUUCAUGUGAACGCUCGUUUCAUCCACUGGAGGGAACCUGAACAGGUGCCUAAAUGUGUGUCAUCAACCCUCACAAGAAUUUUUCUUGGCAGCUUUGGAUGUGUGAAAUAUGAAAGGACAAUGGUGAAAUAUUUCUUAAACAAUGCCAAAGUCUUGAAAUCAAUGGAGAUACUUACUUAUAAUGUGGAUGAGUUGAAGAAAGAAAAUACACUUCAGAAGAUACUGAGGUUCCAGAGAGCAUCUCAGGCAUGUCAAAUUAAAUUGUCUUGAGAAUUGGAUGACAUGGAUGGAGAAAGUCAUUUUGGGAAUGUUCAUCGAGUAAGAUGUCCAUGACAACUUGGCUAUUUUCUGUGAGAUGCUUCAAAUUUCACUCUUUUAUGAUGUACUGAAGUUAAAAUCUAACUUUUUAAUUGCUUGGCAGUCAAUAAUUUUGUCUGCCGGAUGGCAGGUGAUGUUGCUAAGUUCUGAGUGUUGUUUUCUUGAGCAGUGCCAGAGUCUUGGGAUCUCAAUGGAGAUGCGUAGUCGUGAUGCUAGUGAUUUAGAGAAAUACUACAGGACAGUUCAAAAGAUACUGAGGUUUCCGGGAACAUCUCAGGCAUGUGAAUUUCAAUUUUCUUGAGAUUUUGCCAAUUGGGAUAGAAUGCAAGGAGAGAUUUAUUAUGCCAUGGAUGAGCAAAAUCUCUAUGACAACCUAGUUGUUUCUGUGGGGUGCUUCAAAUUCUACUCUUCAAGUGUUAACUUAUCUGGAAAUACUAUGGAUGGACUAUUUUGUUAUUCUUCAUUUCUAUUGCUCGAUGGCAAGUGAUUUUGCUAA